CAUUUCCAGCACCCAGAAAUUUAUUUCUGUAGGUAUGCAAGUGAAAACAAAAAAAGCUUGUUUCUUUCAUGUGCCAAUCAAAGUAUACUUAUUCUCACAGUGGUUUUGUUUUCCCACUUGGGUUUUGUGGGUUUUGGUCAUUUGUAAUCUGAAUGCAUGUAGGCUGCAGGGAAUUUAGUGGUUGCAGUUAUAAGGAUAUCAAUUAAAUAAGAUAUUGUUUUGGGGUUAAAAUAAAAAGAGAGAAUAUGGGUAGAGUAUGUACAAGCAAAUUGAUUGCGUCAAUGUUCCGUUCACGCAUGAAUCCAAUCUGGGCCCACAACAAAUCUUCUAUUAAUUUUGAGUUUUCUUCUUUUAUCAUGGUGACAUAAUCAUGACAAUACCAUGUUUAUUUAUGUCUGUAUUUUGUGAUAAUCGAAUAUAUUUGGUGCAUUACCCUCAGAUUUGUUUAUAUGCUUUUGGGUAUUAAUUUAAUGCUAAGUACUUGCCCCCAUUAUAAAAUUUUUUUAUGAAAGAUAGGGUUUUGUUUGAUUCCAUGCAUUCUUUUUCUUUUAAUUGCUAAUAUUUAAACAACAAUGUGAUUGUAUGUUUCAUUGAUUCAUGAAACUUCUGUCUGUUUGUUAUCAUACACUUAAUAAAUUAUGGCUAUAUUGUUUCAUUAAGGAUAUACCUGUGUUUAUAUUCUUAUUUUAUUUUAUUUUAUUUUAUUUUUUGAGCUUCUUGUGGAGGGUUAAUCUCUCAUCAAAAUAGUGCAUCUUUUGUUUAUGUUAUGAACUUGUGAUCUUAGCUUAGAGGCUUCAUUUAAUCAAAAUCAUGAUCUUAGCUUAGAGGCUUCAUUUAAUCAAAGUCAAUGUGAUUGGAUCAUCAAGCUUGGUUAACUAUGAUGAACUUGUAUAAUAAUUUACAGUCAAUCUGGUUACCUUGCUAUUAGGAUGUCCUUCUGCUUCCUUUUUGACGCUCCAUGUGGAAAAUAAGUGAGUGGUGAAGAAGAUGAUGGAAAACAAAAGAAGCCCUUGCUCUGUUGACCAAGGCAGUCUUACUUCUAUUGCAACCAAACGGCAUAAAUCUGAUCUUUCUAUAUCCCCAAAGGAGAGGAAAGAGAAACUAGGUGAACGGAUUGUAGCUCUGCAGCAGCUUGUUUCACCAUAUGGGAAGACAGAUACUGCGUCUGUCCUUCUGGAGGCAAUGGAAUACAUACAAUUUCUUCAUGAACAAGUUAAGGUGCUGAGUGCUCCAUACCUGCAAAGUACACCGGCAGCUCAAUUACAGGAAUUAGAGCAAUACAGUCUGAGAAUCAGAGGUCUCUGCCUUGUUCCAAUCUCGUGCACUGUUGGAGUUGCUCGCAGCAAUGGCGCAGAUCUCUGGGCCCCCAUCAAGACCACUUCUCCCAAAUUUGAGAAGGCCAUAUAAAUAUUCCGAUGACAAUUUAUAGCUUAGCAACUCAUGGAAGAAGACUUGGUGGUAUAAAUGGUAGCCAUGGUAGCCAAAUUAUUCAGUGCACAAACAAAUUUUUGUCAGGUUGAAGCAACUUUGUAAGUGGAGUCCAAUCCUGAUGUGCACAAAGUAGGCUUAUAUAUAUGGAGUCCAAUCCUGAUUUUGAGCCGGUGAUGCAUGCAAUCUAAGGCAUCUUAGCAUGGUAUGUGUAUGUGUAUGUGUAGCUCUUUUCUGAUUAGGCAAAAUGUAUAUUUGUAAACCUCAUUUUAUUAAAUUGGUCCUAAUGAAGGAUUAACAAAUGUAUGCGGAUGGUUCUUGGCGUAUAGAUUUGCUGCUGUUUUCUCUUUA